UGUGAGUAGUAGCAGAACUGGCACUCCGCCAGAGAGUAGGUCUGCUUCUGUCAGAUGCCUUACUUCUAGGACAACGAGAAGGAAAAAAAAAAAUAAAAGAAAAAAAUAAAAACUAAAAAGAAAGAAAAAAGAAAAGCAUAAAAUGGAUGUGGUAACAUUUGGUGUUAUAAUCGCCAUAAUCGUGCUUUUCCUCGUCAUCGUAUGUUUCAUCACCAUUGAGGGCACUUGCAAACGCCGUUAACAUUUAUCAUAUAUAAUUAAGAAUAUAUCUCAAAAUUCUUGCUUUACAAGGGUUGGGUCUUGUUAAGCAGUCUCUGAAAAUGGCGUUUUCCAACAUAAAGAUUGUCGUUUCUGUGUUUCUUGUUGUGGGUUUGGGUUUUGGGGUGCUUUUGGAUCUGACGUCUGGUUCUGGGUUCUGUUCCUCUGCGGUCCAUCACUCCCAUGGAAGUAGUCACCACUGCGAUCAUGGACACGACCAUCAUCAUCAUCACCAUCACCAUGAAAAGGAGAGCCUGGGAGAGUCUAAGCUUCCAGAGGAGUUGGCUGAAGAGGAGGAUAUGAAGUUGUACGGAUUUGGGUCCCACAACCACGGCCACGACCAUGAACAUGAACAUUUUGGAGUUCUACAGCUUACGGGUCCUGGUCUUUGGAUCCUUGCAUUGGGAUGCUCCCUUUUGGUGAGCAUGGCUUCUCUUAUCUGCCUAAUUAUCUUGCCCGUAAUGUUUGUCCAAGGGAAACCCUCCAAGACAGUUGUUGAUUCAUUGGCUUUAUUUGGGGCAGGAGCAAUGCUGGGAGAUGCUUUUCUUCAUCAGUUACCACAUGCCUUUGGGGGCGGACACUCGCACUCACGUGAUCAUCAUGCAGAUCAUGAUCAUGAUCACGACCAUGACCAUGGACACGCACAUUCUUUGGCAGAUCUUUCUGUCGGAUUGUCCAUCCUAGCUGGGAUUGUACUCUUUCUUCUAGUGGAGAAGGUAGUGAGGUAUGUAGAAGAUAAUUCUGGAGGAAGUAAUGCAUGGAGUCACGGUCACCACCACCACCAUCAUAAGAAAAGUAAGAAGUUGAAGGAUGAUGAUGACUCUUCUGAUGACGCGCAGUCAAAUUCGUCCAACGGAAAAGAUGUAAAGGUAUCGGAGAAUUCAUCUGAAGGUAAAGUGACAGAUGAAGUGUUGCUUGAUUCAUCAGAGGAGGCUACUCAACGGGAAUCCAAUAUUCGGAAGAGACACACUACCGCUGAUGGGGAGGAUGAUAAAAAAGAUGUAAAUACUGCUAAAUUCUCCUCUGCUGAUAUCAGUGCUUCAAAGGAAGAACAUGCUCACCCUCCAACCAAUCUUGUCUUCGGUUAUCUCAAUCUCUUCUCAGAUGGAGUUCACAAUUUUACUGAUGGGAUGGCUUUGGGAAGUGCUUUCUUGCUUUAUGGUUCAGUUGGCGGAUGGUCUAGAACCCUUUUCUUGCUUGCUCAUGAGCUUCCUCAAGAGGUUGGCGAUUUUGGUAUUUUAGUAAGAUCUGGAUUUAGUGUAUCAAAAGCCCUAUUCUUUAACUUCCUUUCAGCUCUAGUUGCGCUAGCAGGAACUGCCAUGGCUCUGCUAUGGGGACAAGAUCCGGGGCAAUCAUCUUUAAUUGAGGGAUUUACGGCUGGUGGAUUUAUCUACAUUGCAGUUGCUGGCGUGCUUGCUGAGAUGAAUAGCAGUGUUUGAGGGACUAUUUUGCGAGGGCUAUAAUUGGGGAAUUAAAUAGUUGAAGAGAGAAUUCAGCAAUAAAAGGGGAAAAAAAGUUGAGGAGAGAGAAGGAUUACAGCAGAAUCUCUGGGUCCAGAACACAAUGAGUGGUUUGCAAUCACGGACAAAUAUCUAGGUUUUUCUUUUUGUUCUCUUUGUUUGUCAUCUCUUUCAAAAUUGUCUUAUUCUUUUUUCUUUGUUCCCUUUUCUUUGGGGGAAGGAAAAUUGUCCACUUCUAUUCCUUUUGGUUCAUUGAAAAAAUGAUCCCGAGCUUUAUGUCAAACCCCAUUUUGAUCCU